UUGGAACCGAAGCCCGGAGUGUCCAUCCUUUAUCGAAGUGUGCAUCUUUUAUAAAAGGGUAUUGGAGGCGAGAAAGCGGCGUCUACCCGACAGUAUAUUCUCCCGCGAUUGAAGAUUCCUGCACUAAGGAUCAAAGUUGACACCCUACCAUGAGACCUGAUAACAUCAACCCCAGGACCGGGCUUGUGGUGGCAUUCGUCAGCGUCUUUCUGGUCUUUGGCUUCAUGUUCACUGUGUCGGGAGUCAGGGGAGAAACGCUGGGCGACAUCCCUCUCAUUGCUAUUGGCCCUGCCAUCUUCUUGCCAGGGGUGGCUGUCAUUAUUCUGGCCAAGAAAACCGACGGCUGCACCAACUGGACCAGAUGCAGGGAUCUGAUCGUCAAGAGGAGUGCCGAGGACCGGCUGUUGGAUGGGCCGAGCGCCGGUGGCAGCUGGCAGGAUGUGUCCAAGAGCUCGACCAGGUCCCACACGCCGGACGUGGAGGAGGGAGACUUUGGUGUGGACGCCAAGAGCUUGAUCAGGAAGAGCGACCAGGAAACAGCAAGAAAAUACCUGGAGACUUACUAUCCGUCCAAUGUAUUGAACUACUGCGUGUUCGACCGCCUCUGCUCAAACCGGGACAGCUCGUUCUACGCGAAUGUGUACUCGACCCAGGACAGCGUAAUCUACUCUCCCCCGGACAGUAUACCCUACGGGAGGUAUUACUGUUGCUAUCCCAGUCCUGGGGAAGCCCGGCACGUUAGGCUUUGCUGGGACUACGAGACCGUAGUGUGAAGCAUCGGGCGUCGAACCAGUCGCCAAGUGCAGCCCGCCAACUGAAUCGCGACUCCUUCCAAAAAUGUUCCACUGCUUAGCCUUCGGUGUUAGCACCACGCCGCGCUGACAGCUGGAGUUUGAGUCAAUGAGAUUGAAAAGGCAUGUACUGUGAAUUAUAACUAUUGUGAAUAUAAUUACACUGUCCUGGUGGUCACCAGGAUAGUCUAGCUUUAAAUGUUGUCAAAUAUGAAUGUGCGCUAAUACGUAUUGGCAAGCACCCUGAUUUCAUCAGCUGACUCUUGACCUCUGCAUUGCUUACUGACGCUCUUUAUGGCAAUUAAAUUCCUCCUUGUGUCCUCUUUAAUGCCUACAUUUUAAGACAAACUCUGCGCGUACACUGGAACUUGUGUCUGGGGAGAGGCUUUGUGGAGGAGAGAUGACUGCACAACUCUGUGAAACAAGCACGGAGUGACCGCUCUUGUGCAGCUAGCUGAGAGUGAUUUUAUGUACAAUGUCCGUAAGCAUUUUUUUCCUGGAGGAUUUUCCCCACUUGUGUUGGUGAUGUCGGGGUAGUAUCUGUGAUAAGUUCUGUUUCCUGGAUUCUUUAAAAGG